CAAGCAAGCAAGCAAAAGCCAUGAAGUUGAAGCUUGUCUUUGUUACAAUUGCAAUUGCAUUCAUCUCUAUCUUUCUAGUCCUCCAUCCUUUCCAUUAUCUUUUCAGUACUCCCAUUCUAGCUGGAGCUUCCAACAAGCUCCAGAGCUCAGAAGUAAUCAGUGUCGUUGGUGCAGUGGGCCCCGAGAGCCUCGCUUUCGAUCCUAACGGAGGAGGGCCCUACACCGGCAUAUCAGACGGUCGCAUUCUCAAGUGGCAAGGGAAAGAUGUUGGAUGGACUGAAUUUGCAGUCACUUCUCCCCAUUACUUGGCGAAGAGGAAGGAAUGUGAGGGUUCACAAAACCCGGGAUUGGAGCAUGUGUGUGGACGUCCCUUGGGACUGCGGUUCGAUGGGAAGACUGGCAAUCUCUACAUAGCCGAUGCUUACUAUGGGCUACUUAUGGUGGGCCCCAGUGGUGGAUCAGCCGUACAACUGGCAACUCAUGCCAAUGGCAUCCCUUUCCGUUUUACCAAUGAUUUGGAAAUAGAUAACGAGAGUGGAGCCGUUUAUUUUACUGACAGCAGCGCACGCUUUCACAGGAGGCAUUUCUUGUCAACGGUAAUUAGCGGGGAUAAAACGGGGAGGCUGAUGAAAUACAGUCUGGAAACAAAACAAGUAACAGUUCUUCUACAUGGCUUGUCCUUCCCAAACGGCAUUACGCUUAGUAAAGAUGGCUCCUUCCUCCUAAUCUCAGAGACCACUGCUUGCCGAAUUCUAAGGUUUUGGCUUCGAACUUCAAAGGCCGGAACCAUCCAGGUAUUUUCCCAGCUCCCUGGAUUCCCAGACAACAUCAGGAGGAGCCCGAGCGGAGACUUUUGGGUGGCAUUACAUUCGAAAAGAGGAAAGAUCUUGGAAUGGAUUCUUUCAAUUCCGUUGGUAGGUGAUGCAUUAGUUAGACUACUUCCCAUUAACAUCGAGCAAUUCUAUUCAUAUCUGGUUAGAUGGCGUGGGAGUGAUGCGAUGGCACUGAGGUUGAGUGAGGAAGGUGAGGUUUUGGAGGUGUUGGAAGAUAGAGGUGGGAAAGUUUUGAGGUUUGUUAGUGAAGUUGAGGAGAUCAAUGGGAGUUUAUGGAUUGGAUCUGUUGUCAUGCCUUUUGUUGGUUUCUUUAAGCUCUAGAGCAUUAAGAUUAGGGGGCUGUUUGAAAUAUCUAGUAACAAGAAUUUAUUUGCUUAUUCUAAAAACAUAAAUUAUUUGGUAA